AUGCAAGAGUCCACAGACAAGCGUUCCGAGGAGUUUAUUGAAGAUGUAUCUUCUACCGAUACCAAUACAUCUAGUCAGGGGUAUGUCCCGCUGUGGCACUCCCUGAAGAAAUGGCCCAAAGUGGUGGGAUACAAUCUUGCGCUGAGCUCCGCCAUCCUGCUUUAUGGAUAUGACUUGGUAAUUGUGGCGAAUGUUGCUUCAAUGCCAGCCUUUCAACAUCGCUUUGGUGUCGAGCUGAAUAGCAAAUAUAUUAUUCCCUCCGAAUGGCUUUCGCUCUGGAAUGCGGCAAGUCCCAUUGGAAUGAUGGUCGGGGCGAUUAUCGGGGGUUACUACCAGGAUCGAGGAGGUCGCAGACUGUCGCUAGCAACGGGGUCCUUCCUAUCAGCCGUUGCGGGAGUUGUUAUAUAUCUUUGUGAUCUUCACCCGGACAUGGACUCUCGUAGAGGUCUUUUUCUCACCGGGAAAUUACUACAAGGGGUCACGAUCGGAAUGUUGCUCUGCAUGAUUCAAACGUACAUGUCAGAAGUACUCCCUGUCGUGCUUCGUGGGCCGAUCAUCGCCUUUCUACCGAUCUUUACGCUUCUGGGUCAGCUGAUAGGCUCGAUCGUGGUGUAUACCUCGCUCAAACAUCCUGGAGCUGAAUCGUACAGAAUAUGCUUUGCAUCACAGUGGGCAUUUUCAGCGGUGCCCUUUUUCGUCUCCUGGGUGCUCCCUGAAAGUCCGACAUGGCUUUUAAGACGGGGGCAAUUCGACAAGGCAUUGAAAAUGCAGUGUAAGCUUGAUACCGGAAAUAUGGACUCUGCGAAGACAAUUGAGGAUUUGCAAACCUCAAUUAAAGCAGAACAGGAGGAACGCGAAACACAAACAUAUUCCGACUGCUUUAAAGGGCCAGCAAAUCGCCGCAGGACGUUCAUAGUAUGUUUUGCAAGCGCUCUGCCACAAUUUUUCGGACUACAGCUUCUGGCCAGCGCGUCCUAUUUCAUGCAAAUGGUGGGCAUGAGCGCGACAAACAGCUUGAUCUUUCUCAUUCUGGGAAUUGGGUUAGGUUUGAUUGCGAAUGGUGUCAGUCUUUUCACACUGAACGCACUCGGAAGGCGCAUUCUCAUUCUAUGGACAUUGGGAGCAGCGUUUGUUUUGUGGCUCGCUCUAGGGAUCGCCGGAUGCUUCACCGGUGUAGUAACUAUCUGGUACACUGCCGUCAGCAUGAUGGUCAUAACUAUGGUGUGCGGUCUAGGAAUUUGGCCAGCAUCCCACGUUGUUGCCGCUGAAACUUCAGAGCUCACACUACGUUCAAAGUCACAAGGGGUGGGUUGGUUUGUUAGCGGAGUAGCUACUGGAGUCUUUUCCAUCAUCCUCCCAUACAUCUACAAUCCGGAUUCUGGUAACCUACGGGGAAAGACUGGAUUUGUCAUGGCAGCAUUUGCGGCUAUUGGCUACGUCGUAACCUGGUUCACCAUCCCUGAGAUGAAAGACAGGUCGCCUAUGGAAAUUGAUCGAAUGUUCGCGCUCAAUCUAUCUACCCGAGACUUCAAAACCUGGAAGAGCGAUGUGGUGAUAGAGAGAGGGGCCAAUGUUUUGAAGCAGACAACGGAGGCUUAA